AUGAUACCUACCCACCCUUUGACCUUCCUGACCCUGGGCAUGGUGCUAACUCAGAGUGGAUGCAUGCUCCCUGAGAGUCACCACUGGGAGGACUCGAAUGGCUCCCAGCUGCAUCCCACCAUCCAGAAACUAAUGAAGGGAUAUAACCGCUACAUGAGGCCCAACUUCAAUGAGGGCCCUGUUGAGAUUGGGAUGAGUCUGGAUAUCGCCAGCAUUGAUGCCAUCUCAGAAAUCAAUAUGGACUACACAGCCACUAUCUUCCUGCGUCAGCGUUGGAGGGACUCCCGGCUGGUGUUCCCAGGGAAUGAGAGUGUGAGUGUGGAUGGACGACUAGUCUCCCUCCUCUGGAUCCCAGACACCUUCAUUCCAGACUCCAAACGCUCCUUCCUGCAUGACGUCACCGUGGAGAACCGUCUCAUACGGAUCUUCAGCAACGGGACCGUUCUCUAUGCUCUACGAAUAACAGCGACCAUCGCCUGCAACAUGGACCUGACUAAGUACCCAAUGGACAGACAGGUGUGCACCCUGCAGCUGGAGAGCUGGGGAUAUAACCUACAGGAUGUAAUAUUCUACUGGACUAGAGGGAAUGACUCAGUGAAGGGUCUGGAGACACUGCGUCUGGCCCAGUACAGUGUUGAGAGUUACUACACAUCUGUUUCUGAGGCUGUCUAUGAAACAGGGCUGUACCCGAAGCUGGUGCUCCACUUUGCUCUGCGCAGGAACGUGUUGUUCUUUAUCCUGGAGACAUACGCCCCUUCUACUUUGUUGGUGGUGCUCUCCUGGGUCUCCUUCUGGAUCAGCCAAUCAUCUGUCCCCGCACGCACCUGCAUCGGUGUGACCACAGUACUGACGAUGACUGUCAUUAUUAUGAUUCUCCAGGUGUGA